AUGUAUUCACAAAAGGAAUACAAGCCAAUAUAUGGGUCGUUUACUAACAGGGAAGACAUUGAUGCAAUAAUAACGAAUACCAAAAUAUUAACACCAAAAAAAGUUCCUUAUACCAUAGGAUGCCCACCGCUUAAAAGAGGUGGUAAAAGGAUGGCUUCAUCCAAACCACAAAACUGUGAUACGGAAAGUCAAUCAAUACAUUACUCUGAAGUAUCAAAAAUCAAAAAUUCAUUAAUGUCACAGACAUCUUCGACAACCACAACCAUUAUACCCAUUGCUAGUCGAUCGGUUGAUCCUGUUAAUACAUCAAUAACGACACCUGAUCUGUCAACAACUACGCAGUCUUUUACAUGCAACCAAUCCUCCAACGAUA